GACUAAACGUGGAGAGGAGGUUCAUGAUUAGACGGACGCCUAUAUAAAAGUUCGCAUUGACCCAAAAACAGGUAUUUCAAUUUCAUCAUUCACAAACAUCGCAUCAACAGAAAGGAAAACGGUGAAAAUCCACACUCGAGAGCGGGAAAUUCUUGCGCGCACAUCAAGUUUUGAGUUGUUUGCCGAAAAGUGCCUUUUUUUACUGUGUGAAAUUCUGUGCAUACUUUCAAAGAAUUCCAUUUGAGAAUUUGUGAUUUUUCUUGCAUUAUCUGUGAAGUAAUUAAAAGUUUGAAUACAAAAUGAUGCGACGUCCACUUUGGCAGGUUGCUGGCAAGCGGGAGCCCUCGCAGGAGGCCGAGGCGCAGCACUGGAUCGAGACGGUGCUGGGCGAGCGCUUCCCGCCCGGCGUCCUGUACGAGGACAUCCUUCGCGAUGGAGUCAUCCUUUGCCGGCUGAUGAACAGACUGAAGCCCGGCCUCAUCCAGCGGAUCAACACGUCCGGCGGCGAUUACAAAAUGAUGGACAAUAUCAGUCAAUUCCAGCAGGCGUGCAUCAAAUACGGCGUGGCCGACGUGGAUCUCUUCCAGACCACGGAUCUGUGGGACCGCAAGAACAUCGCCCUCGUCACCCAGACCAUCUUCGCCGUUGGGCGCGCGACUUACAGACACCCCGAGUGGCCCGGACCCUACCUAGGCCCCCGACCGUCGGAGGAGAACCGACGUGAGUUCUCCGAGGAGCAGAUGCGCGCCGGCGAGAACAUCAUCGGCCUGCAGGCGGGCACGAACAGAGGCGCCACGCAAUCCGGCCAGAGCUUCGGCGCCACCCGAAAGAUCCUCCUGGGCAAGUGAGGCGCUCCCGAG